AUGAAUACCAAGAUGCGAGAAGAGUCUCAGGACCUCGAACAAAGCUUCAAGCAGCAGAAGCUGGACCAAAAUUCGACAUUGGCUAUCCAGGCCACCAACAGCUCAUCGAUCGUGUGCAAACGGUCUGUAGAAAGACUUUACACACAACCUUUGAAGAUGAAUUUGGAUGUGGAGGAAUCGAAGGGCUGCAAAGAGUAUAUCAAGUACUUUGUGCCAAAAUCAAUCAGGUGCACGCCGUGCAUAAACCGGGGCUACUGGCUUAGAAUGCAUGCAAUAAAAUCUACUAUUGAUUCCAUAGUAGGAGAAACUGAAGACGAAAAGGUGGUAAUACUUAACUUGGGAUGUGGAUUUGAUCCGCUGCCGUUCCAGCUUCUGGAUUCCACAAACAGGCAAAAUGAGAAAAAUCUGGGCCGCUUGUCGUUCUUGGACAUAGAUUAUCCCGAUCUUAUAAGCCAUAAGAAACACCUUAUAGAUUCCACACCCGAACUCAAGUCUAUUGUGGGCAGUUGGAGCGAGUCUGACCGUAUCAAGGGUGCUCUCGAAGCUGAAAAGUAUACUUUGGUGCCUUGUGAUUUGAACGACAUUGAUGACUUCAAUGCUCUGAUACAGGCCUGCAACCACCUCCAGGACGCAUCGCUUGUCAAAAUAUUUGUGGCAGAAGUAUCACUGGCUUAUAUGGAGUCAGAAAACGCUGAUGCUAUCAUUGAAAUUUGCUCUCGCCAGCCAAGGUCUCAUUUCGUUGUACUGGAGCCGCUUGUGCCAGCUGGUCCCUUAGAACCAUUUUCCCGACAAAUGCUACAACAUUUCAUAAAAAACAGCACACCACUUCGAUCUAUCAAUUCUUACCAGACUUUGUCUGCCCAGCAUAAAAGAUUUCAGAGAUUGGGGUUCCAGUCAACAAAAAUGCAGAACAUGCUAGACGUUUGGAACUCCGUUAGCAGUGAAACGAAAAUGAUAAUUGAUCAAAUUGAACCUUUUGAUGAGUAUGAAGAGUUUUUGAUGUACUGCCAUCACUAUAUUUUAGGUCAUUCCACCAACCACCAGGAUUUCCGAGCCAAAUGCAGUUCUGUUACCACCGAAAAAACUGUGGAGAAGAUGACGCUUCGCCCUGAAAUGAACAUCAAUGCUGUGAGAAUAAAAGAUAUGAACCUGCUACAGCGUAAAUUCGGUUCAUCGACACUGCUGCCUUCUGGGCAAAUUUUAUACUCACAUGGCUCCUAUGCCAGCAGACUGGACAAUACGUUGCUAAUAGAUCCUGUAUUGAAUACGGCACAAUUUGUCGUCAGCAAUUCAUGCCAACCCACAGCCCGAAUGUGCCAUACUCUUAUAGCACUAAAUAAUGAGCUCUGCGUCCUAGUAGGCGGCAGAGCUUCCCCAAGCAGAGCGCACGACGACAUUUGGCUGCUAAAAAAGACAGAGCUAAGCCAAUGGGUUUACGAGAAGGCUCUUGUUUUACCCGAGUCUCGUUACAGGCAUUCAACUUGUGCAAUCGAUCAAGAGCGCGUUUUGAUCUACGGUGGGCAUACAACAGGGGCCGCGUUCUUGAUUUAUGACAGCCAAAAGAACGAGUUGACUGUACCUACAAUCGAUGGCGAGAUUCCAUCUUUGGCAUCAGCCGCCUUAAGUUAUGAUUUACCGUCCAGCACAGGAGUUAUCAUUGGCGGGGUGGGGAAAGAUCAAAAUAUUGAUGGCGGUCUCAGGCGUUUCCACUACGAUACAAAUUCUAAUAAGAUCACACUGACAAAAAGAGUUCUACAUCCAUUGUUGCAACGUUGCGGGGCCAAGAGUCAAUACACCAACUCCGACACGAUUUUAAUUGCAGGUGGGACGAACUCAAACAUGCUUCUUGAUCGAGAUACGACAAUUAUCGAAGUGAACAUCGACAACGAGCAAAUCACGCGAAGGUGCGUGCCCGAGCAUCUCUGGAAAGCUGGCUUUCCUCUAUUAGUGGGAUUUGAGAUGCAAAAAACUCCCGAUUCGAUGAUCCACAUAUUCGGAGGUGGAGCUGUUUGUUACGGUUUUGGCUCUGUUUGGAAUGGAUGGUUGAAAUUAAAAAUUAUGUAA